CGGGGACGGGGGCAGCUGCCUCCUCUUCUUCCUCCGCCUCUCCCGGCUCCUCAUCCUCCUCCCCCUCGUCGGGGGGUCCACUGCUGUGCUGGCGGCUGGGGGAUGUGGCGCCGACCGGCACCGAGCUAUGCCGGGAAGCAGGCUUCACCGUAGCUCCCUCUCCCUCCGAAACCGGCGAGGGCGACGCGGAGGGUAGUGGGGAACCUGCCUGCUUCGACGGCACCCCCACCUACAGCACCCACUUCUGUGAGCAGCCGCCCCCGCCCCCGCAGCAGCGGCAGCAGGCGCGGAGAAAGGCGGCGGCGGCGGGCAGUGGUGGCGGAGGGGCGGCUGGGGAGGGGUCAGCGCUGCUAGGGGCGGGUAGCCGGCUGCUGCUGCUGCUGGCUGCCGGGGUGGCAGCGGGAGCGGCCUGGCUGGGGUAUUUGAGAUACGUGAAGCGACGGGGCAUGAUGCAGGCGCUCAUGCAGGACGCCCGCCCGCCUCCCUCGACCCAGCCCACCGCUGAGCAGCUGCGACAGCUGCGGUUGCGGCAGCUGGCCAAACGCACGUGAUGCUGAUACUGAUGAGAUGGUGAUGGUGCCUGGUGUCAUGGUGAUGAUGUCGACCUGACGAGAUGUGUGUCCGGCACUCGGGAAGUGCGCUUCAGGGCAGACCCCACCGCGAUGAGGCGGGCAGCUGCAUGAGGGAGGGGCGCACGAGCUGAGGUGGCUGCAGGAGGUGGGGCUUCUGUUGUGGCUUCAAGCUGAGCUGAGCAAGUCAAAGGAGAAGGAGGAGGAGGAGACGUGCGGGGGCAGCGUGCGAGGGCUUUUGGUGGCAGGGGAUGGCAUGUCCGUGUGUGCUUGUGCGUUCCCGCCGCCCCCCUGGGAGCGAUGCGGGGCGUGACAAGAGCCACGGCUUCCUUGCUUUGGAAGCCUUCGCUAUCAACCGGACACUUGCACAGGUACAUGAGACAUGAGACCGACAGCUGGUUAUUGUGACGGCCUGCUGUGCGAACGUGACACCUCAUUCGGAG